AUGGAUCCGUUUGAAGAUUCUCUCAGGAAAUCUGAAGGAAAGACGAAAUGGCAGACGUACAAGACAAAAAUCCGUGUGUUUCUUCGCCGGUACCAUUUGGUGGCCGAAGAUGCAUGGCGGGACGACGAGGACGUUGAAAAUGAGCUACACAAGGAUUUGCUCUCUCGUGUCAAACCUCGAACACUGUUUUUCAACCUUCCUUUGCCGGAAACAGAGAAAGAUGAUACGGACCAACCGAAGAUGUGGUAUCCGAGAAACAAGGUUCGGACGGCUAAGUAUACUCCCAUCAACUUUCUUCCCAAAAACAUUUUCCUUCAAUUCCAAAAUGUGGCCAAUCUGUUCUUCUUGUUCUUGGUUGUGCUACAGUGUUUUUCUAUGUUUGGAAGUCAAGUGAGCCCCGGACUGGCAGCUGUACCCUUAAUUAUCGUCAUUGGAAUCACAGCCGUUAAGGAUGGUAUUGAAGACUUUCGUCGCUCGAUGCUGGACAUCAGCUUGAAUAACACACCAACACUCCAACUUAGCCCGUAUAACAAUGUGAACACACGCAGCGAAUAUAUCAGUUACUGGCGUCGCUUCAAAAAACGAAUUUCUGCCAUCGUGCGCAAGUUGAUGAUGAAGCGUGAGGAGAAAAGGAGGAGCAAGAAGCACACGGAGGAUGUCCCCAUGCGUGAUUUAAAUGCGACCUCGCGUCCGAGUUAUGAGUCAUAUUUCCGCGAAUCUGUUGACAUUCGUGCUUCUAUUGACAGUCAUGCAGCAAACCCGUUCGCGGAUCCCAAGGGUCGCCGCACAGCACAAAUGGACAUUGUGGAUCCUUUUUCGCAAAUUGACAAUCCUGCUGACUUUAAGAAGGCGUAUUGGAAGGAUCUUCGUGUUGGCGAUUUCGUUAAAAUUUGCGAGAACGAUGAAAUUCCUGCCGACAUUGCAAUUCUCAACACUUCUGAAAACGAUGGUGUUUGUUAUUUAGAGACAAAAAACCUGGAUGGUGAGACGAACCUGAAGCCCCGUCGGGCUCUGCAAUGCGGAUCCAAUGUGAAAUCCGCAGAGGACUGUUUGCGCUCACACUUCUGGGUAGAAAGUGAACCCCCUCAACCUAAUCUCUACGAGUACAAUGGCGCUUGUAAAUGCCUCCCACAUUUUGCUUCCGGCGCUCGUGAUCCCACAGUACUUUCCGAACCAAUUAGCAUUGAGACUGUCUUGCUUCGUGGUUCGGUCUUGCGAAACACAAAGUGGGUUAUUGGCGUUGUCAUUUUCACAGGCAGUGAUACCAAAAUUAUGUUGAAUUCCGGAGCCCCACCUUUGAAACGAAGCAAAAUUACAAGAAGCUUGAAUUGGAAUGUGUGUCUAAACUUCAUUCUUCUCUUCUCAAUGUGUAUUAUUUGUGCAAUUGUUGACGGUUUCAAUUGGCGUGGCACACGAAGAUCAUCCUACUAUUUUGAGUACGGUUCGUUGGGUGGUACCCCCGUCAACAAUGGUAUCAUCACGUUCUUCACGGGUGUCAUUUUGUUCCAAAACAUUGUUCCUAUUUCCCUUUAUAUUUCCAUUGAAAUUGUGAAAACAUUUCAGGCUAUCUUUAUUUUUCUUGACAAGGAUAUGUAUUUUGAGAAACUUAAGUAUCCCUGUACUCCAAAAUCAUGGAGUAUUUCGGAUGAUUUGGGUCAGGUCGAGUACAUAUUUUCGGACAAAACGGGCACUCUGACACAAAAUGUCAUGGAGUUCAAAAAGUGCACUAUCAACGGUAUCGCCUAUGGUGAGGCUUUUACUGAAGCUAUGGCCGGCGUUGCGAAGCGCGAAGGCCGAGAUGCUGAAGAAUUGGUUCAGCAGAAACAGGCUUUCAUUGAAAGGGAUCGUGUUCAAAUGAUCUCUCAAUUGCGUAGUUUGCACGACAACAAAUAUCUGUUUGAUGAUGAUUUGACGUUUGUCUCGUCUAGAUUUGCGCAUGACCUUGGAGGCCGCACUUCAAAGGAGCAGGCAAAGGCUUGCCGAGAGUUUUUUCUUUCCUUGGCACUCUGUCACUCAAUUGUGGCCGAUCGUGUUGGCGAUCGCUUGAUCUACAAGGCUCAAUCUCCAGAUGAGGAGGCUCUUGUAGGAACUGCUCGAGACAUGGGUUUUGUGUUCUUGGAUCGUCGUAAGAACACGAUGGCAAUUCGUUGCAUGGGUGAAACUUUACGGUUUAAGUUACUAGAGACUCUUGAGUUUACAUCUGCUCGUAAACGUAUGAGUGUGGUCAUACGAACUCCCGACAAGCGUUACCUUCUUAUUUGCAAGGGUGCAGACAGCAUCAUUUAUGAUCGUCUUGUGCCCGAUUCACAGGCUGAAUUGAAAAAGGUUACUUCGGAACACCUCAACGUGUUCGGCUCUGAAGGAUUACGUACUUUGUGUUUAGCAAAGCGCGAGCUCACUGAAGAGGAGUAUUAUACGUGGAAGGAAAAGUAUGACGUUGCGACCUCAGCUAUUGUUGAUCGUGAAGCACAGACUGAAGAGGUUGCAAGUUUGUUGGAAUCUAACCUUGUGCUUUUGGGAGGUACUGCAAUUGAAGAUCGGUUACAAGAAGGUGUACCAGAUUCUAUUGCCUUGCUUGCUAUCAACAUCGGUUACUCAUGUAAUCUUUUGGAAACGAGUAUGGAGAUUAUAACGCUUACUCCGGAAGGCGACACAACUGUACCGGAAUUGGAAGCCGUUCUUUCAGACUACCUGUACAAGUACUUCGGUUUAUCUGGUUCAGAGGAAGAGCUCGAAUCGGCCAAAAGGGAUCAUAAUCCUCCUUUGCCCACGCAUGCUCUGGUUGUUGAUGGACAGACGCUUAAACUUGUACUUGAGGAGCCGCUGAGAGACAAAUUCUUACUUUUGUGCAAAAAUUGCAAAUCUGUUUUAUGUUGCCGUGUGAGCCCUGCUCAAAAGGCCUCCGUUGUGGAAAUGGUUAAAAAUGGACUUGGUGUCAUGACCUUAUCAAUUGGUGAUGGUGCCAACGACGUUGCCAUGAUCCAAAAAGCUGAUAUUGGUAUUGGCAUCGUUGGUGAAGAAGGAAGGGCAGCCGCAAUGGCUGCAGACUACGCCAUUGCCCAAUUCCGUUAUCUUAGUAAGCUUGUAUUGGUACAUGGCCGUUGGGAUUAUAAUCGUACUGCGGAAAUGGUUAACAACUUCUUCUACAAGAGUAUUGUCUGGACGUUUACGUUAUUUUGGUAUCAAAUUUUCAAUGGUUUCGACGCGAACUAUCUGUUCGAUUACACCUACAUCAUGUUGUUUAAUAUUGUUUUCUCAUCUCUGCCCGUUAUUGUGAUGGGUGUAUACGAUCAGGAUGUGAGCGCCGAAAUGUCAUUAAGGAUCCCUCAACUUUACAAGCGUGGUAUAUUGGGACUUAAUUCAAGACGACAAAUUUUCCUCGGAUACGUUAUUGACGGUUUGUACCAGUCAGCUGUUUGCUUCUUCUUUGGUUACUUGGUCAUUGCGGAUACACCUGCUUCUGCCAGAAAUGGUCGUGAUACAGCUGGUCGAGAAGAUUUGGGUGUGUAUGUUGCUGCACCAACUAUUCUUGUAAUUAACACUUACGUCGUGUUAAACCAAUCUAAUUGGGAUAUAUUUACACUUUGUAUUUGGAUGCUAAGUGUCCUCACCUUUUGGUUUUGGACGGGAGUGUAUUCGCAGUCGAAAUACACUGCAGAGUUUUACAAGUCUGCGUCUCGAAUUUGGGGAACAGUAAACUUUUGGGCUGUCGUAUUUGGAUCCGCCGCAACUUGUCUAUAUCCGAAGUUUAUGUUUAUGACGAUUCAAAAAAUGUUUUGGCCGUACGAUGUGGAUUUGGUCCGUGAAGCGAUUGUUUGCAACCGCAUUCAUCUCAUUGAGCACGAGUCUGACAUUGAUAAUACGGUAACGGAGAUUCCCAUUACCUCAACGGAGUGGAAUUCUUCUACGCUGAAUGUUCCUUACGACAUUUCUGCUAUGAAUAAGAAGGACGAUACAGUAACGGACGCUCAAAGUAUGUCUUUGGUGCCCAGUGCCGUAGCAAGUUCAGCUCCAGCUUAUGAAGAAGAAAUGCCGCCGAAUGUGUUUGCCAAUGGGUACCACUCGUCGACGCUUUCUCAGCUCGCCCAAUUAGAUCCAUCACUAUCCCCCGACACAUCGCUUCGGUAG